UAGAUCGAAGAAGAAGAAGUUAACAAAGAGAAGAAGAAGAAAACAAAAACUUAGGAAGAAGGAUUGCAUGUGUUUUAGCUGUCGUCUAUCUAUGGUCGCCUGCUGCUGGACCAGACCAUUGAAAGGAACAGGAAAAUGGCAGAAAACAGCCGCGGACCGCUGGCUCGGACGGUGCUACAGCAGUGUUUACACGCCCGACUGCAGGUCCAGGAAGCGAAUGAGCACUCUGAAGCUCAGUUCGUCCAGAUUGACAGAGGAAUGGUGAUCUACAUAUGUUUCUUCAAAGGUGCUACAGAGGACAUUUUGCCCAAGAUGGUGUCCACGCUGCUCAACCUGCGGCUGUGCGAGAUGCCUUGUGGAAAACGGGCCUCGGUGUUGGAACUUCCUGGAAGCCUGCUAAUCGUCCCUCAGGCCACGCUGGGUGGAAGAGCGAAAGGCAAAGCCAUGCAGUACCACAAUAACAUAAGCAAAGAGGAUGGGCUGCAGCUCUACCGCUCAUUUGUCUCACUGUGUGAGAAAGAAUUGAAAGCUGCCGCUGAUGUAACAGGGAAAGAAGUGGAGGUGACCGUGAAGCAUGGGACAUAUGGUAACAGACAAGUACUUAUGCUGGACACUAAUGGACCCUACACACACAUGGUAGAGUUUUGAUUAUCAGCAAAACCAGAAAGACUAAUGUUCAUAGAUAUAAAAUGAUAUACAUUCAGGAUUGAUACAUGUAAAUAUGAAUGUAUGUGAUUCCAUUAAUUAAUGAACUAAAAAAUAUUUGACUGUGCAAAGAUUUGUUCACUCCAGGGCUUUAAGUAAUUCCUACUCUAGUAAUUGAUUUACAGGUUAAUCAUUUCUUUAAUAAAUCAAUUAAGCUGACAGAAAUAUAUAUAAAAAAUGUUUUUGAGCCUCUUACUUCAUAGUUAUUUUAUGGUGGCAAUAUUCAUAUAGUUUAGUUUCCCACAAGAGUUACUUAAUGUCAUGGAAUCAGUUGCAAAAUACUAAAAGCAGAAAGGUCUGCCGUGUUUUGUGUAAGCUAUACUACUUAAUGAGUUUGUAGCACCAUUUGAAUUUCCUUUUUUUAACUGGUGUGUUAAUGAAGACGGUUCAGGAUAUAUUUCUCUUACUUUAACUAAAUCACAAAAUCUGAAAGUUUAUUUAAAGGAGAAAUGUGCAUCACAUUUUUUUUUCAAAUUAUAAAAGCUGUUUUUAAGGAAUGUACGGUGUCAUUAUCUAUUUGAUAAAAAAAAAAAAACGGUUUUGCAGGCAAAAAUUUAUUUUCUGGCAAUAAAAAAAAAAAGAAGCUGUAGAAACUGGUUUCUAAUGAAACUUUGUGUAUGUCCAGCUAGGAAAAUAAUUUUGCCCCAGCAUUUCUCUAUUUACCCAACUCUGUAGGUGAAGUAAAUGCAUCUGUGGCAUGACAGAUAAUUCAAUCCAAUAAUAUUUUAUUAAUCCCAAAGGGAAAGUCCGUUUCGCUUACAGCCGUCCAACUAGACAAAAUGCAGACAUUUUACAUGGGUGGACCAAUGCCCGAGACCAUGCUGCCCUUACACUAAGGACUAAGGGGAAAAAAAGAAAAGGGAUCAUUAUGGUAAUAAAAAUGGGAAUAAAAAAAAACACAUCUUUCACACUUUAUCCUUAGCAGGAUACAGUCUGAGAUUACAAAAACCUCAGCGGAGAAGCAACAUGGAUGCAA